AUGCCACGCCCCAAGGUUCACCCAGCGAAUCGGCUGCGAGCAAGCACUGCAUGCACUGCCUGUCGUGUAUCAAAAAAGCGCUGCAGUGGCUAUUUCCCAUGCACCAACUGUAUCCAUAAAGGACGUGGCCGCUCAUGCACCCCAUUCAAGUCCUUACCAAGUCCAGCCCUCCGCAGUCGCCUCGUACCUGCUUCUCAACCCACAGCUGAAACACCUCGGACAUCGAGGACAAUGGGAGUCGAUUUGCAAGAUCCUUUGAGGUCACAGUCCCAUGGCAGCCGCAUCCGUAUGGCCUAUCCCGACUCUGACGCGCCAGAGACGGGAUCACACUCGCCUGAAGUUACGCAUCGGACACAUCCGCGCAUGCUCCGCAACCUACAGGGGGAACGAGUGUACGUCGGGAAAGCCGCCUCGCUUUCAUUUCUACAACUGCUUCGGGAUACAGUGACCCAACAUAUCGGACCGUCCCAGUUCUCUCAUAAUGGAAGGAGUGGGGAUAUGUUAGAGGCGGAAACUCAUCAUGAUGUUUUGGAUUUUUCCGAAGAAUGUUGCACUGUUGAUGAGAAGAACCGAUUUAUCCAGAGUUAUCACGCAGCGACGAGCGGCUUUUUCAAUUUGAGCUUUAGCGACGACACUUUAUCUUCAUUCGUUUGCCCAGCAGAGCCCAAAACUGACCAGGAAAAGACGAAGGCGGCCAUCAUAGACCUUAUGGUCGCUAUCGGCGCACAAUCCUACCCAAACGACCAAAAGGCCCUUCAGGUGGAGCGAUUUUACUUUUCUCGCGGCCAAGCCAGAACAUUUGCCAACAUGCUGGAAGAUCCUAGCAUGGAUUUAGUCCGAGUGUUUCUACUCAUGUCCUUCUAUAUGCUGGGGGCAUGCCGCCGAAACACGGCAUUCAUGUACCUGGGAGUGGCCCUACGAGCAGCUGUGGCGCUGGGGCUUCAUGCAGACUCUCCAGGGUUAAUAAACCCCGACGAAAGUCAUGAGGGCGAUGAACGUAGAUCACGAUUAUGGAUGAGCUUAUGUAUUCUCGAUUUGCUUGUCAGUUCGAUUCUCGGAAGACCUUCUGCUAUAUCACCUCUAUUGCCCGAGAACCGAGAAGAGCCUAGUUGGAUUGAGGCCACACCGAUCGAUCCUAGCCUGUUGGCUUCGUAUCAAUUAUCGUUAAUCCUGAACGAAGUAAUAAUCUGUCUUUACAGUGAAAAAGCUGCAUCUGCAGAGAAAGCGGACGUGCUAUUGUGCAAAUUAAAUAGCUGGAGUGAUCAUCUACCGCUAUCAUUAAGGACGUCGACUUUAGAACACAAGGACCAGAGCACUUUCCGAAAACAUACAAUUGGAAGCAUGCAUGUUGCAUGUUCAUAUCAUUUUGCGGUGAUCUUAGUCACCCGACCUUUCCUCGUCUCGGCCUUGGGUAUCCGGCUGGCCCGGUUACACCAGAGCCUCUCGACCGGCGAUCCCAGUGAGGAGGUGCCUGAAGAGGACCCAGUCAACUCGCAGCUCGCAGCGGCAUGUAUUGAUUCUGCUGUAUACAUGCUGCAGACAUGUUUGGAGGUUCAUCAGUCCCGCCUUCUUCUUCAGAAUAUGUGUAUUCUCAAGGCUUUCAUCUUUGCCGCAGCCCUUGUGCUCGGGUUCUAUAUGUUCUCUCGCCAUGACGUGGAUCCUGAGGUUGAUGGUGUAUUCCGCGGUGCCUUGACCAUCUUGCGCAUGCUGGCAUCACAGUCUGCCCAGGCAGCCCACUAUCUAGAAAUAAUAACGAUGCUAGAAGCCGCCAUAGGCGACCAGCGCAGGCGACUCGCGGCCCAAGCCCGCCAGCAACGGAGUCAAUACGUCAGUCGGAUCUUUAGUUUUAACGACAGCCCGACAACUCCGCAGACACAACCAGAGGGAGAUGAUGAAGAAGCCAGAAAGGCGACCUCACUUCGAGUGCGGAGUGUCACAUCAUACCCGUGGUUACAUUCGAACGACGGCGCUGCUGUUGUUGUCACACCCCCCAUAAUUGAUGGGACUUUAUUUGACUGGGAGGGCAUGGACCUGUCAUUAUGGGAUAGUUUCCCAUUUCUCGCCGAAUCGACUACAAUAUGA